GGCGCGCGCGGAUGGCGGGGCGCGGGGCCGGGGCGCUGCUGGCGCUGCUGGCGCUGCGGGCGCUGGGCGCGGCGGGGCACCCGCAGUGCCUGGACUUCAGGCCGCCCUUCCGGCCGCCGCGGCCGCUGCGCUUCUGCGCGCAGUACUCGGCCUUCGGCUGCUGCACGCCCGAGCAGGACGAGGCGCUGGCCGGCCGCUUCGGGGCCCUGGCGGCGCGCGUGGACGCCGCCCAGUGGGCAGCCUGCGCGGGCUACGCGCUCGACCUGCUGUGCCAGGAGUGCUCGCCCUACGCCGCCCACCUGUACGACGCUGAGGACCCGUCCACGCCGCUGCGCGCGCUGCCCGGGCUGUGCGAGGACUACUGCCUGGACAUGUGGGCCACCUGCCGCGGCCUCUUCCGGCACCUGUCGGACGACCGCGCGCUCUGGGCGCUGGAGGGCAGCGGGGCCGAGCUCUGCCGCUACCUGGCGCUGCCCGACACGGACUACUGCUUCCCCAGCCUGCUGGUGCGCGAGCACCUCAACGCCGGGCUGGGCCGCGUGCGCGCCGACGCGCGGGGCUGCCUGCAGCUCUGCCUGGAGGAGGCGGCCCACGGGCUGCGCAACCCCGUGGCGCUGGUGCACGCGCACGACGGCACCCACCGCUUCUUCGUGGCCGAGCAGCUGGGGCUGGUGUGGGCGUACCUGCCCGACCGCUCGCGCCUGGCCGUGCCCUUCCUGAACCUCAGCCGCGCAGUGCUCACCUCGCCCUGGGAGGGCGACGAGCGCGGCUUCCUGGGGCUCGCCUUCCACCGCCGCUUCCGCGACAACGGCCGCCUCUACGUGUACUACUCCGUGGGCACCGACUUCCGCGAGCGCAUCCGCAUCAGCGAGUUCCGGGUCUCCGCGGAGGACGCCAACGUGGUGGACCACGAGUCCGAGAGGAUCAUCCUGGAGAUCGCAGAGCCGGCCUCGAACCACAACGGGGGCCAGCUGCUCUUCGGCGAGGACGGCUACCUCUACAUCUUCACCGGAGACGGGGGCAUGGCCGGAGACCCCUUUGGCAAAUUUGGAAAUUCCCAAAACAAGUCGGCGCUGCUGGGCAAGGUGCUGCGCCUGGACGUGGACCCCGCGGCCCGCGACCCCCCCUACCGCAUCCCGCCCGACAACCCGUUCGUGGGCGACCCCGCGGCCCGGCCCGAGGUCUACGCGCUGGGCGUGCGCAACAUGUGGCGCUGCUCCUUCGACCGCGGCGACCCCGCCUCGGGCGCGGGCCGCGGGCGCCUCUUCUGCGGGGACGUGGGCCAGAACCGCUUCGAGGAGGUGGACCUGGUGGAGCGCGGCCGCAACUACGGGUGGCGCGCGCGGGAGGGCUUCGAGUGCUACGACCGCCGCCUGUGCGCCAACGCCUCGCUGGAUGAUGUGCUGCCCAUCUUCGCGUACCCGCACAAGCUGGGCAAGUCUGUCACGGGGGGCUACGUGUACCGCGGCUGUGAGUACCCCAACCUGAACGGACUCUACAUUUUUGGAGACUUCAUGAGCGGGCGCCUCAUGUCGCUCCGGGAGCACGCGGAGACGGGCCAGUGGCGCUACAGCGAGAUCUGCAUGGGCCGGGGCCAGACCUGCGCCUUCCCGGGGCUCAUCAACCACUACCACCCGCACAUCAUCUCCUUCGGCGAGGACGAGGCCGGGGAGCUGUACUUCCUGUCCACGGCUGUGCCCAGCGCCACGGCCGCCCGUGGGGUCGUGUACAAAGUGAUCGACCCCUCCAGGCGGGCACCCCCGGGCAAGUGCCAGAUCGAGCCCACCACGGUGAAGGUGAAGAGCCGCCUCAUCCCCUUCGUGCCCAAGGAAAAGUUCAUCCCGACGCCCGAAAGCACCCGGCCCCCGCCAGCGCGCGCGCCCACGCAGGCGCCCCGCCGCAGCCGCCCUACGGCCGCGCCCUCGGGGCCCACGCGGCGGCCGCCCCGCCCCACGCGGCGGCCCGGGGGCCGGAGGGGCGGGCAGGGGCGCGCCCGGGGCCGGCAGAGCCCCGCGGAGCCCGCCCCCCGGCGCGGCGCCGUGCGCCUGGUGUCCCCCGCCGGCCUGGGCGCGGGCAGCGGGCGCGUGGAGGUGUUCGCGGGCGGCCGCUGGGGCACGGUGUGUGACGACGCGUGGGACGGCCACGCGGCCGCCGUGGUGUGCCGCCAGCUGGGCUUCGCGCACGCCGUGCGGGCCGCCAAGCGCGCCGAGUUCGGGGAGGGCCGCGCGCUGCCCAUCCUGCUGGACGACGUGCGCUGCACGGGCGCCGAGGCCAGCCUGCUGGACUGCAGCCACCGGGGCGUGGGCCGCCACAACUGCGGCCACCAGGAGGACGCCGGCGUGGUGUGCAGCCACCAGGAGCCCGGCCCCUAGCCGCCGCCGAGCCCGGGCAGACGCGCACCGGCCCGGGGCCCCCUACACUCCCCGAAGGGCUCCGCUCAGUCCUGGGGCCUCCUGGGGGCCCCCCCCCACCCCAGCAUCGCAAGUAAAAGCAGCAACUCAUCAGGAGAGCGUCCACUCUCCCAAGCAGACACGGCGCUGGCCACAUUAACAGAGGUCUAUCCUGGAGGCGGAAGAGGCGGAGGAAAGCAGCCCAGAACUGGCGGCCAGAGGGGACAGGAGGGCGUCAGCCUGGUGCUCCCAGGGGGCCUGGGGCAAGGCUGGGGCGGUGAGGGGCUGACCUCGGAGAGCACAGUCAGGGGGUGGCCGCCCCACAGCCCGGCCGCUCCCGCCGCCCAAGAUGCCACCCACCGUGGCCAGACUGAGCCCAUUUGUCUGCGAGUGGGGGGUGCAGGGGCCCCACUCAAACUGUGCCACCCACUGCCCAUCCCGCCCCCGCCGCCCUCCCAGCUGCGUCUCUUAGGGAAACUCAUCUCCAAGGUCCCCAAACGCCCCUCCGGCCCCUCUCGGCUGCUGGGAGGGGCCUGGCCCCGCCCCCUCCGGAGGGGGCUCUGAGCCCACAGAGAGUUGGUGCAAGGGCCCCGGGGCAGGCGUGGGUGCAGCCUCAGCCAGGAGACAGCUCAUGUCCAGCCCUGGGCCGUCCUGAGGGCUGGGCGGUGGCCGGGCUGUUCCAGAAGGAGGGUCAGCCCUGGGACCCCCCCCUGCCCCCACGGCACCUGGCCAGCCUGUCCUGGAGGGUGGGCACGCGCCAGCCCAGGCCCACCCGCCCCUUCUGGAGAAAUAGCACAGCGGGGAGGGCGUUUGCCUUGCACGCGGCCGACCCGGGUUCGAUUCCCAGCAUCCCAGGAGUAAUUCCUGAGUGCAGAGCCAGGAGUAACCCCUGAGCAUUGCUGGGUGUGACCAAAAAAAGCCAAAAAAAAAAAAAAAAUCAGAGGGGCAGUGAGGGCCCGGCCCAGAGCCCUGUCAGGUCCUGGGGCAUGGAGGGGGGCUGCUCCCGCCCACGCCAGCCCCCCCCCCAAGCACUGACCCACCCGCGGCCGCCCCAGGUGACUGUGGGGAGUCAGGAGAACACGCGGCCCCCCGUGUCCGUGUCCGAGGCUAGCCGGGGUCGGGAGGGGGUGCAGGGCCGGGAGCGUGGGAGUCUGGCCCUGGGGGUGGUGGCAGAAGCCUCUGCCGCCUCUUCCCGGUGGCCUCCAUGCUCCCCCCGCCCCUCCCCGCCCC